AUGAUGAGGUUCGUUGGGAUUUCCCAGGAAAUUUCCAUUAUCUUCGAUGACGGCCCACUCACCGUUGUUUGCUUGAAUCGUUUUCCUAUGGCUCCCCUCUCUCGUAGAUCGGCGUUUCUCUUGCUGGUUAUUCUCGCCCUCGUUCUUCUCUCCGUUGUUUCCCGUCCUUUCCCAGGGAAAUGACGACUCCCUGUCAAAUCCGGAACGAGGAGGCCUUUUCUCAGCUCAAGAUCAUCCCGCGGAUGCUGGGUCACGGAGGCUUCUGACCUCCCACAGACCUGGAUCGCCGGAGACGGGUUUCUCAUCAGUUGCAGGCUAUCAUCUCUCGUCGGAGGCCACUCCAUGCCUCUUGCUUCCGUUUUUCCGGUGGAUCCCUUCGCCGAGUCUCGAGAGUUUACUGGGUCUGUAUUUUUGGGCACUUUUCCACUGCAUCCACCACUCUUUUCUUCUGAUUCCACCGAUGGCUAUCGUUCUGUGUUUAUCAUCAUCGUUUCCGGUCUGUUCAUCACCGGAGGAGCCAGAGGACCUUCGAAAAUCUCUCGUCGUUAUGCUUUCCGUCCUGGUUGCGGCUCGACCAUUGUCGUACCCCGUCUUCUUGCCGAACUCGGUUAUAAAUUUCUUCCCGCGAAGUUUGUUCUUCUGCCUCGGUCGCAGAUGGGAGAUCGGUUUAUGCGAGUCCGAGGGGCAGGGAGUUGAGAUUCCAGGAUAAACCUAGGAGCACUAACAUCUCCGUGUUCUUCUCUUUCCUAUGCCCUAUCCUCUGCAACGCGCUGUAUUUUUCGUCAUUCCGUGAUACAAAAUCCGGUCGCUUUUCGUUUAUCGUCAAGAUCUGGUUGGGAUCCGGCGGAGGAUUCAGUUCUUCUGUGCAUUUGAUUCGAAUUUUUUCCCUGAUGAUUGUCGCUCUGAUCUUCGUAAUGGAUCUCAGAGCUUCGACGCCUUCUGUCAUGUCUUUUUUCUUCCCAUUUCUUUCGUCAACCGGAGAAGUGGGAAGCCGCGAAGGGUAUGCAUCCCUCCACCCUCCUCUAUCUCUCUCUCUCUCUCUCUCUCCAUACCCCGUUUCCAUUUUCUUCUCCUUCCUUUAUUGGGGUUAUCUUUCUCCGGUUCUCGCCGUUCGAUCCACCGCAGAGGGGGAUCACCUCCUUCUUGAGUAAUUUCGAGAACGAUUUCUGUGUUGAGAUUUCUCCCGAUUCCUAGAAUAGCAGCCGAUGUUCGUCAUGGAUUUCUCUGUUUGUGAUUUCUUUUUCGUUUUUCUACCUGUUUGCAGAUACCAGAGAGUGAGUCCGGAGUGUCUUCCUCUGAGCAAUGGAAGGAAGUCCAGCGUGAAGAGCUCCAAGGACGACGACCGCCCGGAAAACGGCAGGAUUCCCAAUUUCUCUGGCUACAGCGAGGCGAAGCCCCUGAGAGUGAGGUCGUCCUCGUCGUCCGCGACGGCGGCGGCGGCGGCGGCGGCGACGACGACGACGACGAACCCUUCCGCCGGCCAAGAACAUCAUUUCCCCAGCUACCCUCUUCCUCCGGCGGACUCCGGCCACCACCGCGACAACCACGCGGCGGCGAAGGUUUUGAGCCAUCAUGAGAUCAAUGGGAGCAACCACACCCGAGGCGGCGAUAUCGUGCUUCAGUGGGGCCACAACAAGAGGUCCCGGGGCUCGAGGGCGGAGGGCCGUGCGGCCGGGGACGAGCCGUCGUCUUCCUCCCGCUCGAAACAGGUGGCCAAGAUGCAGCGGAGGAUGCCGGUUCCCUCCUCCGACAAGCAGCUGGCGGCUGCGAUGCCCCCUGCCGGAGGAGGCUACAGCCGAGGAGCCAACCUGAGGGCCUGCCCGUCCGUACGCGAUUCUCUGGGCUCCGCUGCCAACAACAGGUUUGCGAUCUGAUUUCUCCUUCCUCCAUAUCAGAUCUGAGUUUCUCCGGUGAAGUUUCUGUUCCUAAUUCUGCCUUUUCGUAAGAUCGAAUGCUCCUCUCUCGCAUCAGCAUACUCUUGUGUUUCGAUCCAUUUUUUUUACUUGUUUUUUCUUCGCCGGAGGAGAUAGAAGAACCGCGGAGUCGCUGUUCGUACCGGCGAUCCCCUUUUUUCCGUUUUUCUUUUCUUUUUUAUGCUCCUCGUGCCCGAGUGGAUUAUUGCAUCGGCUGAUGUUCUUCUCCGCUGUCUGGUCUUCUGUCUCCAUCGUCUCCUCCCUCUGGUUGGACCUAAUCCGCCGCCAUUCAUACCUUCCUCCGCCCCCGCAUUUCUUUCUAAUUCGAUUGAAGGUGAAUCUUAUUUUAUAAUAAUCUCGUCUUCCUUUUCUUCGUCGCUCUGCGUCGUCUGGUCGUCUGGUCCUCGUCGGCUCCCUGCGAGGAAAGAGGGAGGAGGGUAGGAUCCUGUCCGAAUUGCCACCCGAAACCCUAGCCUGUCGUCUCCUUCCCCUCCCUCUGGUUCUGCUUUUGUGGCCUCCGCUUUAAAGCCCCCCCCGCGCCUUACCUUGGAUGGUAACUGUGCCCCACUGUGACUCCACGGGCCUUUCUCUCUCUUCUCUCUCUCCAAUGACAGGCGACCGGGUAGACAAGAUUUCUCAAUAUAAAUGUAAUAUCACGUCUUUCUCUGUCACCACUUCCCGUUCACUAACAUCGUCGUCUUCCCCCUUUUUCCCUUUUUUCCUGGAUCAGGAGCGGGGAGGAACGAUCCGGGGGGGUGGUUCGAGCGGAGACCAGAUCUCCGCCGCCGCCGCUGCCCAAGGGGAGCAAGAUGGCCGCCGCCUGCGCCGCCGCCAACGGCCUGCGGGCGGGUUUCCACGAGGCGGAUGGCGUGGGCUCCACGCCCUCUGCCGAGCGAGACGGCGGCGAUGCUGCGGCGCCGCCACCGGCGGCGGCCGCGAAAGAGAGGCUGAAUUUGGAUCUGUUCGAGUGGCCGAGGAUAUACCUCUCCCUCUCGAGGAAGGAGAAGGAGGACGAUUUCCUGGCAAUGAAGGGCUCCAAGCUCCCCCAGCGACCCAAGAAGCGGGCCAAGAACAUUGACAAGACCCUCCAGGUAUACCAUCUUCGAUCGAUCGAAAUCCGCCAUGUUCGUGAGCAUGUUCUCUCCGGGUAUACCAUCUUCGAUCGAGCUUCCCGAUCCUAAUUCCACGGUUGACCGUUCUUCUGGGCAGUACGUGUUCCCGGGGAUGUGGCUCUCCGAUUUGACGCGAGGCCGAUACGAAGUCAGGGAGAAGAAGUCCGUGAAGAAGGUAAUCGCAGCCCUCCUCCUCCCUUCCUGUCCCGCUGACUUUUCUUCUUUUCUCCGAGGAUCAACGACGCCUUUAAGGAGAGAGACUCCUCUGGGGCUCGGGCUCUUGCGGCCGGCGGGGGAUGGAUUGAAUGCCCCCGAAUGCCGCCCUCCUCUGGGUCGGCAGAAACACCAUUAAUGCUUUAUUCCCUUUGAGGGGGAGAGAGAGAGAGACCGACAGACACAGAGAGAGACAGAGAGUGGUCGAUGGUGUCGAGUUGUGGGUUUCUUUUCUUCUUCUCUGAUGGUCUGGUUUCUUCCUUGCUUGCAGAAGAGAAGGGGGUUGAAGGGCAUGGAGAGCAUGGACAGCGAAUCGGAAUGA